ACGGUUGCUGUUAAGUUGAUGUAACCAUGAAGAGAAAAGAGGGCUAUGAGGUCAGAAAAAAAAGCAUUGUGAUUUCACAUAUUACUACAAUGCAUCUUAGGCGGCGGGUGUUGCCAGUUGACGAGCUGCAAGUUAUGGAACUAAGAGCGGGCUUUCGGCUGCCUUCUGCACUGAGCUCUGCAGGCUUUAGUUGGAGCUCUCACUCUGGAGGUGUUAGGGCACCCUGCAGGUUGUGCUGGCGCACGCAGUCCUGAUGUGACGGUGGGAAAGCUCAUGGAUGUGAUGUGCCCCAUGGAAUUACUGGAAGAAAGCUUAUGGCUUUCGACAUCUGGUGCAAGGUGCAGGCAACGGCGAUAAGUCGAUAGCAACUUUGAGAUGGGAUAAGCGGACAGGAACAGUGAGUGCUCUCUCAUGGUCUCACCCAUCAUGUGUGAGUUGGCACACGAGUCUUCGACAUCAGUGAGGCGUUUUUGCAGACCUGCGUAGGUGUACAUUUCAUCCUUCAAAAACUUCUCCUCCACCGUAUAAAUAUAUUAUACACACAAGAUGCCACAAAGCUAAUGGAUCGGUAUGUUCGAUGGCAUUGUAAUAGGAGCGUAUGGGAACAGGCAAGUGCUCUGUACAGUCAAGGGGGAAUGUGCUUUCACCCAUUAUAGUACAGCAUCUGAUUCACAUGCAGGGUAUGUUUGCGCCACGCGGCGAUUGACCAUGGCGAAUCUGCAAGGCUUGAGAUAUCUGCAAUGAUUGAGAAAAUGCGAGCUGUCCGGUCAGUGUAUGUCCUGCUGAAGUUUCUGUUCUUGUUCCGCUAAAAUACAGCGUGGAUUCAGAGAUGGCACCUUUAGCGACGUGAUAUCGCGGGAGAAAGUGUGGCAACUGUGGGAUUCCCGAAUAAUAAUGUCUGCAAGUGAGGUGACGUCAGGGUGGGGUGACCGUUGCAUCAUCCAUUCCAAGUCCCCUGCUGCUCAAGGUUGGUGGUGAGCACCCAACCACUCCCUUCAAUAGAACACAACAGUUACGACGAAAACUGCACAAUGCCGCUAGGGGCUACGCUCGCAGAAUGGUUUUGCCCGAAUGCGCGGAUUGGAGAGAUGUCUGAAAGUCUGCAGUCGACAGAAGCCUGGCGAGGAGCCCUGGCAGAAUUCCUUGCCACCUUCUUUUUUGUUUACCUGGGCUGUGGAGGGGUAGUUGCCUCAGGCGCGGUUGAGGAUGAGAAAUUGGAUGCAGAAAGGCUGCUGACUAUCGCAUUCGCGCAUGGGAUUGCGAUUGUGAUUCUCGUCGCCUCAACGGGUGCGAUAUCAGGAGGGCACAUCAACCCGGCAGUGACGCUGAGCAUUGUCUUGGCAGGGAAGGUGAACCUACUUCGCGGUAUCAUGUACUGGGUCAUGCAGUUCCUAGGAGCAGUGUGCGGUGCCCAGGUUCUGAAGUUUGUCACUCCUCCAGCUUGGCAAGGCAACUUAGGGUCGCAUGGGCUUGCACAAGGCGUUGACGGUUUCGCAGGAUUAGUCAUGGAGAUCGUCCUGACAUUUGUGCUAGUGUUCGUCGUGUUCGCCACUGCCGUUGACACGAGGGGGCCAGUCGCAACAGCACCUCUUGCAAUUGGUUUCACAGUCCUCGUGCUGCACAUCGUCGGUGUGCCCUACACGGGCGCCUCGAUGAACCCCGCUCGGUCGUUUGGUCCUGCAAUGGUUACCGGUACCUGGAAGGCCCAUUGGGUCUACUGGUUUGGCCCAUUGAUAGGUGCCACCUUGGCAUUCUGGGUGUACAUGGGCAUCUUCAUUCACUCAGGUCCACUCAUUGGAGGAGCACUUGCAUCUUGGGUAUAUGCACGCGUCUUCGUCCCCAUGGGAUCGGCUUUGAACCCAAUGGAAGUGAUGAAUCUAUCCCCUCGACAGCAGCCCCAGUUUAAUCGCGUUCCGGUGGAUGAUGUCGGCAUUGUAGGCAUCGAGGCGGCUACAAUGUCGCCCCAAAAGAGCAUGCAAUUCCAGCGCCUUCGAAAUGAAGACGGAGAAACAUCACUGCAGUAGACAGAUGAAUCAUUAACCACCAGUACCUCUGAGCCUCUUUUCCCAACGAAUGCGGAUGCGCAUUGCAUGUCAAAGAGAAAACGAACUUCCAGCGGCACACCUUUUUCCCUUUUUUGGCUGGCGCCGCCAGCCAUUUUAUAGUCCGGUAGCACUGUUGUGUUUUCAUCCGAAAUCUUCGGCUGGCCUCAAUUUCGAUUCUUAAGCUGCCUGGGCGAGGUACUGGCGUGCCAGUUUUCAUGGUCCGAACAUGCUACUCGCCUGCCUAUGGGCAACUGCAAUCAACGAACGCUGUUCUCUUCUAACAACUGUAGAAAGGCCUACAUGGCCGCGCUCUGGCCGAUGAGUCAAAAGUCUAAAGUUCUCAAAACCAAUCUUGAUGCCAUCAUGGCGCCCACUGACUGCUGAUUUUGCAGAUGUCAGAGGUGCACAAAGCUCGCGUCAGGUUUUCCACAAGCGACAGGGAGGAGAGUAAGCGCCACCACCUCUGCUAGUUUGAAAUCUAUUAGCUGCUCAAUGGCCUUGAGAUAUUCUCAUCGAACUGACGACCCCAGGUAAUUCAGAAUUAGAGGUAUGUCCGUUUGUGUCACAAAAAGAAGUUCGAAAGGGCAAAAGAACACGAACCGGCGAAAGCAACAGCCGCCAAACCCGAAAGGCCCGCGACGAAAGCACUGCGUGUCGAGGUCCAGGCCGGGUGUCAUAACCACAGGGGUCGGCCGUGGUGUCAGACGGGGAAAGAAAACGAAUGGAAAUUUACCAACGGCAGCGUCCCGCGGCACUUCCAUUGCCUUUUCGAGUUCGGCGGCCGCUCUUUUUUCGCCCAUGCUUGUUUUUUUCUGCUCUUCACAUUUUCAAAUAGUGCCAUUGCCGCACUUGUUUCUCAGAACUACCUUAUUCUGUUCAUCUGAUUGCAUCUGGAUUCGAACUUGGGUCUGUAUUUCAACAGUUCAUUGGGUGUACCAACUGAGCUAGGCCCGUCGGUGAACCUCUUGGCUGCUGGUCGAACGGCUCAGCAGUUUUCCAACGGCAAAAGGGAAACUUUCCCAAGCCAAUGAGAUGUAGAAUCAGUCUGUAACGAGCGGUUGUUUCCAUUUGUAGAAAAAAAACAUUUAGAUGCCAGGGUAACCAUUUUCUCUUCUGAAUCUUUUCCCAUUUGCAUAAGCUCACAUAGUGCCAGUUGCAAACGGGAGUCAGGUGAGUUUGGCGAUGGGUCGCUGCGGCGCCCUAAACCAGGCGACUCUGGCGAUAGAGCGUCUGCUCUGGCGAGCGGAGUGAGUGCCAGGAUAGAAUCAAGAAGUGAGCCACAAAUCUCAAUUCUCUUGUCUAUAGCAAUCACACCACGGUGGUAUCUGAUCCAUUGACCAUUUAGCACAAACUCCAAAAAGAAUGCUAACAAGGUGGCAGGGGCUAACAAGGGAUCCAGCAAAAGGAGGUAGACAUAAGGGAGUGUUUUGCUCUUUCUUGAUUGAUUUCGAUCUAAUGUGAUCGAAAUCAUCAAGCAGUAUCAUGUCUGAGCAGGACCAUGCAAUGGUCACAGACCUGGGAUAACACAGCCAUGGAGGAGAAUUCAAGAAUUGUAAAUUGAGUUUAAUGAACUUCAAUCCACAGG